AUGCUCUCCGUUGACGCCUAUUUGAAAAACUUCAACACUUUUAUCAAAACCGUCGGUGAAAUUUCAGAAAUGUCAUUUUCUCAAUUGUUCAUAGAAAUGAACCCGGGUAUGCUACGAAAUCUCGAAAUCCAAAAUCUCGAAAAGUCAAAACCUCGAAACUCUAAAUCCCGAAAAGUCCAAAAUCUCGAAUUCCAAAAUCUCGAAAUUCAAAAUCCCGAAUGUAUAUGCCUUAAUCAGAAAGCAAGCUUAGUUAUAAAUGGAAAAUUUUUAAAGGAAAAUUCGGGAUUUUUUACCAUUCGAUAUUUUGGAUUUCGAGAUUUUGGACGGCACCCAAUUAACCCAUUUAAUGGUCUAUCUGUCAUACCCAAAGUUGCACAGAAAAAGUUUGUCCUAGACAUAAAUUCAAUUAUGGAAAUGUGGACAUUAAAUGGCUAA